AUGCCCAGCAACGUGAAUGAGGAAGCACGACGUGAGCGGUUGCUUCGUCUCUCCACAUCUCAGCAGCAAACUCAGCAAACUCAGCAAACUCAGCAAAAUGGCCAAUCUCACCACCACCCAACCACCAUACUCUACUAUCACCGUGGGGAGGGCAGCGGUAAUGUGUUCCGCUUUCGCGUUGGCCCCGAAUACUUUUGGAUCGCUGGAAGCGGCCCUGGUGGUAGCCUGACGCCGAGUGAAGAGGAGCGCUUCUAUCGUGUGGCGGAACUUGCUGGAUUGGAAUGGACCGGGGAUGGAUACAUGCAAUUAUAA